AUGGGAUCAGCAGCUACUCGACAGACCGCCAAAGAGAAAGAACGAUGGGCGGACAACGUUUCCAUAAGGACACCGGACAAAAGCGACGACGACAAAAAAUCGAUCACUUCUCUCAACAAAAAAUCAGCGAAAGUCAGUCCGUUGACGUCUCCGAACGAUGACGAGAUGAGCUCGAAGAGUGACGGUGAAGACAAAAAAAGCCAUCGCAGUACGGAUUCCGAAAAACGCCGAGAAAAACCGCCUGUGGAACGAAUUCAACUCACAGAGGGAGUCGUCCAGGAUUACAUCAAUCUGGAGAAAGCUAUCCAUAAAUUGGAACGGAAAAACGUACUGAAAAAGUACGAGUCGCAGACAAUUUAUGCUGACAAUCUGAAAAACACCGUCGAGCAACUUGAAGCAGUACUGAAGGAACUCAGAAAGCAAACGUGA